UAUGCGUUUACGCUAUAUCCAUUAAUAAAUAUAAAUAAAGCAUAACCUAUCGGUUAUCGACCUACCUACGUAAAAGUUAACACUCUAUUUUCAUAUCUCUCGAAGAAUAAGAGUAAACAGUAUACUUAUCAAUAUGCUCAGAGUUUAUGAUGAUUGUCCCACUAACGUUAGAAAGCGGGACGAAAUACUGGUAUCACCGGAAGCAGGUCGAUUCGGCCGAAUGUUGGUAUUUUUUCGACAAUUUUUCAUGGCCUCUUAUAAGAGUCGAAGUGCUCAAAGAUACUUACGGAGCCAUGCUUCGAUCGAUUACGAGAGACGUCGUCACUUGCGGCAUUACACACACAUCAUUCAUCCGUUUAGUCUGUUCAGGCACUGGUGGGACACCUUAAUGAUUUUGACCAUAGCCGCCGGUUUAAUAGCUUUCCCGUAUCAAGCCGCCUUUGAUAUGAGCAGAAGCGAUUCCUUGUCGUGGACUGUCGUCAAGAAUACCCUGAUAUUACUGUGCUGCUGCGACAUUGUCAUUAAUUUCUUGACGGGGUACUAUGACAAAUUGCAAAGCAUUGUGGAAUUAAAGCCAAAAGUAAUAGCUGGUAUGUACAUGAAAAAAGGUUUCAUAUUUGACUUUUUGGGAUCAUUCCCCACCGAUUUGUUCUUCAUUCAUAGCUGGCACCAAUACGUAGUAGCUCGCGAGGUUUUGUCCUUAUCUUACGUCUUUCGCAUAUUUUCGUUCUUAACGUACACCGACAAACUAGCUAGAGAUUACGAAGUAAGAAGAGCCCUUUAUGAUUUUAUUAGUACUAUUUUCUGGCUAAUAAUAGCUCUACACUGGCAAGCGUGUCUUUACUGGAUAGUACCUAUAGCCGUCGUGUCAAUGACAUCGCCGGAACGUCCGCAUAAUGAUUCGUGGAUAAAUUCUGUUGGACUUUGGGACGAUUCAAGUGAUUCCAACAAGUAUGGUCAUUGCAUUCUCCGAGCUGUCGCUACUUUUAUGCACUCUGGAUUUCUGGUACGGACGGAACCCCGCACUGAAGAGGAUCAGUACUUGGUGAUAAUCUUCCACUUUCUGGGCACCCUGAUGUUUUGCUUCCUCAUAGCCCGAGUGAUGCAGUUCUUCAAGGGCAUCAACUCAUCGAAGCUUAAAUAUCAGGCAGCUCUGGCGCACUUGUCGCAGUACAUGAGCCACAAGCAACUACCUCGCAAGACCCAAAACCGCAUCGUUGACUACUACGAGUUCCGUUUCCAGAGGCGCUUCUUCAGAGAGCCCGAGAUCUUGAGCAUCCUGUCGAUGCACAUGCGCCAGGAGAUAAGGAUGCACUCGUGUCGCAAGCUCGUGGAGAACGUGACCUUCUUCAACAAUCUACCCUUGUCUCUGCUCGCUCGUAUCGUGGCCUUGCUUAAGUCCGAAAUCUUUCUUACCAACGAUCUGAUCGUCAAAGCCAAUCAGACCGGUGACUGCAUGUACUUCAUAGCUACCGGCACGGUUGCUGUCUACACUCUCACGGGCAAGGAGGUCUGCCACCUCGAGGACGGCGCGCACUUUGGCGAGAUCGCUUUGGUCAUGCCCGACGCUAAGAGAGUUGCCAGCGUGGUCGCCGUGGAAACCUGCAAAUUGUACAAGCUUGAGAGGGCGGACUUUGCCAGGACGAUUCAUCCGUAUCCCAUGCUCUGGGAGAGGAUAAAGAAAAUUGCCAUCGAGAGGCAUGAAAAAACGACCAUAUUGAAUUCGCAAUGAGGUGUGCUCUAAAUAAUACUACAUUUUUACUGGAAUAAAAUUAUGGAAUGUUAUAUGGUUAGUCGUAUGGUCGCACGCAAAUAAAGCAUUGCGUUAUACGUACACAGUGCAGAUAGCGAUCGAAUGCAAGGGUUCAACGUGUUUCUUUUUUGAGACAAUAAGAGAAGUAGUUAUGAUGAAUGAGCGUACAUACAAUACGAAAGCAAUGAGAGAUGAUGAAUCGACAACUGAGUUAUCAGCACCGGAAAUCCUGAUUUUCACGCCAAGUUUAGCGCGCACAGUAGCGAUCUCCUUUCUGCUUCCAACCAGAAAUAACUUUCGCACGACACUCUAUCUAGAUCCUCAUAAAUAAUCUGUCCGAUACGAUGCAAUGCUGUCUGACCGACUUGAUCCUUGAUAAUGGCCAUGAACGAUUGAGAAAUUGAUUUAUAACAUCAUAAUAGAGGCUUAAUAAAUCACUUUGGAAUAGAA